CCGGACUCCGCGCCUGCGCGCCGCGCCGGGUCGGGACGUCACCGCCUCCGGCGUCGCGUCUCCCCUGGCAACCGGCGGCCGGGUCGGGAGAUCGGAGGGUGAGGGAGCGAAAGGGGCCUCGAAGAGGGAGGUCGGAGGGAAUGUCGGACACAGACGGGGAGUCGGAUGCAGGGUCCCAGGAGGUGGAAGAUUCCCAGGAGGCGGAAGACGCCCAGGAGGACAAACCGGAGCAGGUGCAUCUGCAUCCGCUGACCCCGGAGAUCAUGGCGGAGAGUCUGUCACUCCUUUGCAAGACCGGCAAUGCCCUAGCACAUGCCUACGUCCGCGUCGACCUCAAGGACCGCGAGCUGACGGACGUUUAUGCCCUGAGCUCUUUCAUCCACCUGCGAUACGUCGAUAUCUCCGGUAACCAGCUGUUCGACAUCUCGCCCCUGGCCCACCUGAGCCAGCUGCUGUGGCUGAACGCGGAGGGCAAUCGGCUCACCAGCGCCCGCCUCGACAACCUACCCUUCCUCCAGAUUGCCUCCUUCGCCCGCAACCGCAUCCAGGACACCGAGGGCAUCGCCCACCCCUUCCUUGAGACUCUCAACCUCAGUCAUAACCAGAUCCGAGCUGUAUCGGGCUUCGACCCUCUGAAACUCACCUUUCUGCACACCCUGGAGCUGCGGGCAAACCACCUGGAGUCAACCCUCGGGAUCUGCCUGCCUCACCUGCGGCACCUCUACCUGGCUGCUAACCAGAUUUUCAGUCUGGAAGGCCUGGAAUUGCUCGUCUCUCUGCAGACCCUGCACCUGAGGGAGAACCAGAUUGAGAAGCUGGACGGUUUUUCGGUGAGGAUGGGUUCGCUGCAGUACCUCAAUCUCAGGGCUAACCAGAUAAUCGAUAUCCAGCAGACGAAGCGGCUCCACUGUCUUCCCAAGCUCCGGGCGCUCGUCCUGGCGGAGAACCCGUGCACGGACGAGGAGUCCCACCGGCUGGAGGUGCUGAUGGCCCUGCCCGGCCUGCAGCGGCUCGACAAGGAGUCUUUCACCCCCGAUGAGAGGGCCGAGGCCGCCGAGGCGCUGAGAGCGAGGGAGCAGCAGGAGGGCAAGCUGAACGAGGAGGGGCAAGAGUUGGAGGAGGCCGGCUGAGGGACCCUCCCUAGAGGACUGUCGGUAUGAGGAGACUGAGGGCCGGCGUCCAAACCUCCUCCCUCUGGAGUCGGACGGGCCCUGGGGACAAACAAAAAUUCAGCUCCUCACAACCCCCUUCUCCCCCACCUCCUCACUCAUCCCUUCACUCGCUCUGACCUGUCUCCCUCUCCUGUUAAACCCACCAGGACCCCGUCCCCCUCUCCCGUCAGACCCACCGGGACCCCGUCUCC